AGCAGAAGCAUUCGCAGGUAGUUGCAUAGUCGCGCCUGUCACGAUCUUCCCAACUGGAGCGGCGGCGAACUUCACGCCCUCAGAAGGAAACAUCCGGAUUAUAUUAUACACACACUGUUGUGACGUGCGAGCGACCACGCAAAGUGCCCAUUACCAUUUCCCCGCUUCCUUCGUCCACCGACUCGGAGCUACGGCAGGAAUCGUGCUGCUUCGACGUACACGGUGUUUCGCCGAGUGCAUCGUGGUGUUUGUGGUGUCCCGCCGCGACGGUGCAAAGUGAUGAAGCAGAUUCCGAGGAGGAUGUGAGGCCGUCUCGUCGUCUGACACCGGGUCGUCAUGCGAAGUGCGAGCGUACAGAGGAAGACGGUAGUAGUGGCGGUGAAGCCAGUGGCUAGGGCCGUACCACCGCCCCGCAGCGACUCUUGGCGGCGGUUGAAGCAACAGUGAUCGGAUCGUCGACAGCGGGCCUCGCGGGCCCUCAGCUGCGCCGCCAUGCAGCAUCCCCAGCACCCGCACGGUCUCGUGGACGGAUACGCGGCCGCGCUGCCCAUGGACCUGCACGUGCCGCAUCACCAGGGAUACCAUCCCUACUUCCGGUACCUGGACUCCUCCAUGGUCAUGAAGGCUGGCGGUGACGAUGGAACAGGAGCCGCGGUCGUCCAAUCACGUAUCCUCGAGAUGCGCAAGGAAAAGAGCCGGGACGCAGCCAGGUCACGGCGGGGCAAGGAGAACUACGAGUUUUACGAGCUGGCCAAGAUGCUGCCGCUGCCGGCGGCCAUCACCAGCCAGCUCGACAAGGCCUCCAUCAUCCGCCUCACCAUUUCCUACCUGAAGCUCAGAGACUUUUCCCAGCACGGACACCGGCCCUGGCUCAGGGACACGCAGCCCUCAAAGGCACUCAAAGGAGCUUCACUUCGGGGACGGUCUAUAAACAACUUCGCCGUGGACAUUUUCGAGCAGCACCAAGGCACGCACAUUCUACAGUCACUAGACGGUUUUACCUUUGCGCUGGGAGCAGAUGGCCGCUUUUUGUACAUUUCGGAAACAGUGUCCAUCUACCUUGGGCUGUCUCAGGUGGAGAUGACGGGCAGCAGCGUGUUCGACUACGUUCACCACCAGGACCAUGCCGAGCUGGCCGAGCAGCUGGGCAUCAACCUGUCGCAGUCUGUGUCCUCGCCGUCGGGUGGCUCGGGUGGCUCGGACGACGGCUCGUCGACGCCAAACUCGCUGGACAGGCCAGCCCCCGUGAUGACUCUCAGUAGCAGCGCAGCCUACAAGGGUCUAGAAAGGUCCUUCUGCGUACGCAUGAAGUCUACUCUUACGAAGCGAGGCUGCCACUUCAAGUCGUCCGGAUACGGGUCAGUGGUUCUGGUCCUGUGCCACCUCCGGCCCCAGUACUCCUUCUCGCCCGGCCGCUCUAAGCAGCCUCCGCAGAUUCUGGGCAUGGUGGCGAUGGCGAUCGCGCUGCCGCCGCCCUCGGUCAACGAGGUGCGCCUCGAGUGCGACAUGUUCGUCACGCGGCUGGGAUUCGACUUCCGCAUCGCUCACUGCGAGCCUCGCGUCGCCGACCUGCUCGACUACAGCCCCGAGGACCUGGCCGGACGCAACCUGUACGCCCUGGUGCACGGCCAGGACGUGCACAAGCUGAGGAAGUGUCCACGUCGGACCGUGAUGAUGAACAAGGGCCAAGUGAUGAGCGGCUACUACCGGAUCAUGAACAAGAACGGCGGCUUCACCUGGAUGCAGACCUGUGCCACAGUCAUCUGCAACAACAAGAACUCGGAAGAGCAGAGCAUCAUCUGCGUAAACUACGUUCUGAGUGGCGUGGAGUACGAACACUGCGUGAUGGACUGCAGCCAGAUGCGCGGUUUGGGUGACAUCAAGCCCGACGAUCCGAGCAACUCCGAGAGGGGAUCCACGCCGGAAAACGAGCCACGAGAUGAGCGGUCGCCCGGCCGCGCCACCGAGCCUUCACCCAAGGGCCACGAGGCGCCGCCAUCGUCGACCCCCGCUCUGGGAGGGAGUCAGGAUGUUCCCUCUGAGCAGCAGCAGCACCUAACGCAGCUGGGCACUGUGGGGAAGCUUGACUCGCUCAGGAAUGCCAAGGAUGGAGCCGAACAUGCGUCAGCUAGUCCAGCGCGCUACGAGGCGGCAGCCCACCGGCCAGCAGCGCCAAGACUUCCCGCAAGAGGAGCUCGGACGAGAGCGGCAGCCGUGCUAGCCCCAAGUGCUCGCGACCGGGCAGCCGCGCGUCGAGCCUGCAGCCGCCAAGCCCGGCCCGGAGCCUCCCGCCGCCGGACGGCUACGGACGGGCCUCCGAGCCGCCGCUGGUGGUCGUCGACGACCCGGUCCGCCGUCUCCUCCCAAGGUCCGGCGUCGGGCAACGGCGACGACUCCUGCGACGGUCCCGACGGCCUGUCGCGGCCUUGGAAGGCGGGGGGAGGAAGCGGCCAGGUUUCCACCGGCGAAGGGCUGACCGUGCGCGAACUCGAGGACGCCAUGAAGAAGCACCUGCCCGAGGUUCGAUCGGCUCGCUCGGCGGCCAUCCAGUGGAUCGGGGCGCCCCACCAGUCCGGUACCGGGGCGUCGGCACACGCCGCCGGCGGGCCCCUGCCUGCGUCGACGCUGCUACGGCAGCUGUACGUCAACCGCGAGUCGGUGAUACGGUCCGGGUCGCACGUGUCCGCCGCCUCCUCGCGGCCGACGUACUACGGAGACGUGCCGACGCCCCCCGAGGGACCGUGGACGACGCCCGACGCGUUUGUCCUGCCCCCGUACGCCGGCUACGUCGAGCCGCCACCCCCGUUCUCGGCCGUCACGCCACCGUCGUCCGUGUCGCCGCGCGACAACAAGCUAGGCCUAACCGAGAGUCCGGCCUUCUCCGAAGCGGCGGCCGUGGCCGCGGCGGCGGCGAUGCCGCACAUGCGCCACUACGUGUCUGCGGCCGAGUUGCCCCUCAAGCCGCAGGUGCUCGUCCAUCCCGGAAGCCUGGACUACGCGACGCCGCAGGAGCAGCAGCUCUACGCGGGCGGUUUUCACCUGUACGGAAAGCCCAAUGGUGCCUGGUACUCGCAGCAGCCGAACACGUAGCGCCACCCGUGGCUUUCGUCGCCCGCUUGCUCUCCGGCUGUGUGUAAAUGUGAGACUCUCGACAAGACUAUUGCGGUGCCCUCUGCGAACACUUUGGACACAUCCACGGGCGUACGAUGAUUCGCGUCGGCGGAGGGUCGCCCUGCUUCGCGCGAGUACGACCCGGCAACUUCUCUACGUGAGCGCGAUAGUCCGCGUUCGCGAUCAUGAAAAUGAAACACACAAAAAUAUUGUCAAAAUAUCCCAGUGACGCGGCUUUCUUGCUCAGAUUUUUUUUUUUUCAUAGUGAGCUCCGCGCUGUAGUAUUUGUUGUUACCGUUGGUCUCAACUCCCGUUUGCUCCCCUCCCUUUUAAAACACUCUUCGUUAACUCCCAACAGAGUGGUGAUUCUCAACCCACAUCCCUUGAAAUGCCUUCGGUGUACAUACAUGUAUGUGUUCUCCUCUCACAGAAACCCGAAUACCUUAGUCGGAGUGGAUGCCACAACCACAUUCCACGUUUACGAAGACAUUCCUUCCCCUUUUUCUUUUCAUUUUGGUAUGUGCGUUCUUUUUAUUGUCAACGACUUUUGCGAGUGUGCCUGGUUGCGUGACUGUGUACAUUCCUGCUUGUGUACGUCACCUUUUUUUAUCGUUGUUUUCUUAUUAUUUUUUUGCUCAGUGUCUUAAAAGGGCCCUGCAGAACCUCUUCACGAAGCUCUUUUUUUUUAAUUGUGUGGACAUAUUAGUCAUAACUCGCAUUGGUUCAUCAUUGAGUUCGUAAGCCGGCUCUACGAAGUUUUCUCGAAUACCAUUAGAGAAUGAGAUCAUUAGUGCAUAAGCAAAGCAAAAAUACCCUACCAUUUUAUUGCUUGGUAGUCCUUAGAUGUGUCUGGCAUACCUAAUUAGUGAAAUCGUUUUCAAUAAUUAGACGAGGCUUUUCAACUAGCUCUAAAGAAGGUUGAGUGCAGACCGCUCUAGUGCAAGCCUGCGGUGAUGUAAGAAACAUUUGCCAGCACGUUGUGGACUGGCCACUGCAUGCUUCUGUGUCAAGUGAAUGGCCGAGCAAGACAUUUACAGAAAGUCCAAUUGCUGAUAACUGAUGCACAAAGCCAUUGAAUUGCAUCCAUUGCGUAGCUCAUCUUAUUUCGGUCUUGACUAACCUGAAAGAAAGGAGGAGGGGGCUGGUUGAGGGGGAUAGUUGCCCUCCCUCCCCCUACUAGUUUAGAGCUCUGUGCACAUCAGUGUGCACGGGAACAUGGAAACAGUUUCUCCAGUGAAAGAAGGUUCGUGCAGGACCCAGUUAAGACGUGCGUGUGGCUUUAUUAUGUUGUGUACCGGUGCAUCCCUCCAUGGCUUGAUUCCCUCGCUGGUGCUCUGCACCUCCUUACCCUCUUUAUUCUCCUCCUCUCCCCGAAGAGGAUGUGUGCGGAGCAGGCAUGCGUGGGGGACAGCCGUGUUGGCGAAUUGUGAUACAAAAUUUAUAUAGAUAUAAGAUAUCUAUAUAUUAUAUAUACACUUAAUAUAGCAUAGGAAAUACCUUUAUAGAAGACCAGUCAGCCUCCAUGGGGCGGCUGUGUGUUUUCUCCUCCUCUUAAUUUCCUCCUCUCCCAUUUUUGUUACCCACCGCUGCUGUCACAAUCUUGUGCUCAGAGGGGACACCGACUCGAUGGCGGGCACUGAAUGGUUUUUUACUUCUGUAGGGGCUCUUUAAACAAUAUUUCUCAAAUGGAAUGUUUGUAUAAACAUAUCUAGCUUAUCCAAUUGAACAAGACAUAUUUUAAUGCCUCUACAAGUACAAGAAAUGAAUUCCCAGACUAAAGAUGGCUCAAAUAUUUAAUUUCUACUGAUUCGAUCCUUUGUGUUCGGAUGUUCCCACUACUAGGCAGCUUGUAAAUGUGUGAAGACAAAAGAAAGAGGAAAUACUCACUCCAACUUCAUAAUGUGUUCACGGCGUGUGUAAUGCAGAGUCUAAAUUUUAGACAAUUUUUAUACAAAUGUAGCAAUCUUAUCUGUUCCGCACUCGAUUGCAGUACUUCAAGUGAAUUUUUUUCGGUCUAUUUUGCAUGCUGCAAGUUGUCCAAACGAAAAUAUUUGAAAAGAAUAAUUAUCAGUGUUUUCAUCACUUAAAAGUCAGUAACACCUUUUUCUUUUUAUUUGACUCGUAUCAGAUUAUUGAAGCACACUAUCUAUUAGAUAUCAACUUUCUGAGGCAUGGUACUUUCAUGUUUCAUGUCGCACAUUCGAUUAUUUAGUAUUACUGAUAAUUUGUAAUGUUCGAAGAAAGUCCGCACCGUAUUCUCCAAUAAAGAAAUUGGAUUCAGAAAAAUGUGCAAAUCAAAUAUUUUAAUAUUGAAUUAUUGAGCACCAUACAUUUUCGUUCUUUUCUUGGAAUAUUAAAAUGUGCUCGCCAUCGUCGCUUUCAACUCUGAACAGGGACAGUCACAAUAUGAAGGCUUGUGGAUGCCAUUCCCAAGGUCUACAGUUUACUUUGCCAGUACACUUAUUUUCUCUUUCUAUUUUUGUUUUCUUUAUUUCUCAACAAAAAAAAUGAACUCCAGAUGCAGCCGGCCGAGUCGGCUACGUUUCCACUGCGGUCGUGACUGGCGUCUUGAACUUGGGUGUAAGAGGUGCUAGAUCUAUGACGAGUACUAGUUCUAGCACGCUAGAUGGUGAUUUAUAACAGUAAAGCUUUUUCGGAAAUCGUCGUUGCUAACUGUACUCGCGUCCUUGUCAUUGAAAGUGCUAUACAGGUCGCAGAAUGGUGUACAGAUCCUCUUCCCUGUCACCGCAGAGAUUUUAAAAAAUGGCGACCUGGAGAAUAUGUCUCGCAAGUGAAGCCAGACCUUUGCCAUCUAACCUUGGGCACAUUGAAACGUUAGCUUAGAGGGAAAAAAACGUAAUGAUUACGUCACACGCUCUAUGUGUUUUGAACUGCUCAUUGUCUUGGACAGAUAUAAAUCAAUGUGUUUUAGUAUCAUUGAUUACAUUGAGAAGUCUCAAAGUCAUGGCUAAUUGUAUUGAAAAUCACGCUAUCAACAUUGGUCUAUAUACGUUACUUUAGUCGGCAAGACCGAUCUGUUAUUCUAUAUAUAGCCUAUUACGUGCGUUGGAACAAAAUCACUUUAUUUCUGAUCUGUUGUCAUAUGUAGGCUAUGGGCAAAUGUAGUGUUCACAUGUGAUGUUAAGGAGUUGCGAGGACUUUCACUUCGGCAUUCUUUCUUGAAUGGUUCCUUCUGUGCGCUGUUCUUUAAUCAACUGUUCACUAGACUAUCUGCUUAGAAAGCUGCGUGCGCCAUUUUAGGUCAAAUGACAAAUGUUUUUUUAAACGCCACUCACGACCGCAGUUUGGUCGACACUUCUCGCUGAGUCACUUGCGCGACAUGACAUGGGAACGACUCGUUUUUCAUUCAGCUAUGCAGCAGAACGUUCUCGGUGUGUCUAGAUUCUCUCUACACUUUCCAUGAUCGCAGGAACAUCGAACUUUCACUCAUUGUCCCUAGGACACACCUGCGGACGCGAAAUCAAAAUUCAAGAUGCACUUUUUAGUAUUGACCGAUGUUGUAAAAACAGAUCGAAGCGACAAGCAAAUAAAAACGUCACUAAAACCUGUA